ACACCCUCCAUAAAAGGGGUCUAGACUUUAAUGUUUGUAUCUUGUUCUUCCCUGAAACAGGCGCAGGCAAUCAAAUCUCUGCUGUAGCCUCUUGGUGAAAGCCUCCACUUUUAUCCUCCGACGUGACUGGCCACAGCCCUAAGUAAGCCCUGACAGUGUUCUGUGCUGCGUGACAAGGCUAUAUCUGGAACAAGCAGUCUCUAGGGUGGGAUGCCUAGAAACUUAAUGUCGGAUUUUUCUGAAAUGGCAUCAGAAAUCUCACCAAAUUGCACCUUGGGGAACUUGGAAAGAAGUGGGAGCAUGGAGAGUCGCAGAAGCCAGUCUAGGUGCAAGAACUUUACUUUGGAUGACGAGAGCCUGAAAUAUUUAACUCAUGAGGAAAAGGAUGUCCUCAUGUUUUUUGAGGAAACCAUUGAUUCCUUGGAAGAUGACUUUGAGGACCAGGUCCUACAUGACAGUGGCAUCCACUGUCACUCCCCAAGGUCAACAGAAGAAAAUGCAUCCAGCCAUUCGGAGACGGAAGAUAUUAUUGACUUAGUGCAAUCGACCCCUGAGAGCAGUGAUCAUGAAGACUCUUCUAACAAAGAUGCCCCAUCAGUGUUGGGGGCUGCUGGGAGAGCCAAUAGCCCUAAGCCAGAGGACAACAAGCAGCCUGAGAGGACACCACCUCCUGAUGAUGCCCCAGUCCUUCCUUUGGCACCUCCAUUGAACCCGGAGAGGCUUCCUCCUCCUCCUGUUGUGCAGCAUCCUAAGCUGCUUCGCUCGGUCCCCACUCCACUCAUCCUGGCUCAGAAAAUAUCUGAGAAGCAGAUGGAGAACAGGGCACGCGCCCCUGGUUCUCCCAAGGAGGUGACGCCCGUGGAGAAGAAGAAAGUUCCAAUGCAGAAUGGAGAUUAUUUCCCAGCCAUUAAGCAUCCUCUGCAACCUGCACCUAAACCCCACAGGUUUCCAAGCAACAUCAACAUAACCAACAUAAGCAGCAAAGAAUUUAGCCAAACCAUCUCUAAGGCAGCAGUCAACGUGCAGGAGCGCAGAGCACAGGUACUGGCCAACAUCAAUGGAGGAGCCUUUUGGGCUGCUGAAAUAGAGGAGAGGCUGCAAAAGAACGAUCUCUUAGGUCGCAACAGAAGCUCCUCCUUAAAAGAUCUGACUUCUGAACAAACACGAUACGAGGCCCUGAUGAAACUAGGCCUGGCAAAGGAAAGGCCAAGUCAUAUCCAGGCAGAUCGUGCUCCAAGCACUCAGAAACGUAGUGACAUGCAAUCCAAACAGGCAGGGACUGUUCUGAAUGGAUAUCAAAAUAUCCAUGAGAUCUUAACAAGUGAACCGAGCCCUUUCCUUCCUGUAGGCAAAACAGUGACGAUCAAACCACCCGCCACCAUUGUCAGUACCAAGAGCACUCAGCAAAACGUUGCCAGGAGUUUUAACGAAGACAGGCAGGCUGACUUGACCCUAGACAUCAGGAGGAGGUCAGGCUCACUGCCUAGACCCUCAGGAUUUCGGUCCCAAGGAAUAACAGUACAGUUUUCUGGCCGUGGCUCAACAGAAGAAGCCAGGAAAGAGGCUCUUCGAAAACUAGGACUGCUGAAGGAGACUCUGUAAUUUAUGGAAGGAGCUGUCCUGACAGCUGAGGCAGAGAAAGUGACUGGCUUGGCUUGUGCUCGAAUAAUCCAGCAAAAUUGCAUUUUCUAGACAGAAGAGAGUGAAGAGCAGUUCUGUGCUCCUGCAAGCCAAGGAGGUACUGAAUGCUGUGCAACCACAGGUCUGUCGGCCGUAUCCGAAGUGGCACUGCUCAGUCAGCAGUGGGGUUUGAAUGCUGCAUCCUAUUCAGUUACUCAUCUGUUCUUCAGUGUGAUUUGAAGGCACUGCUUAAAACAGUACUGGACUACACCAGAGGGCAUUGCAUUAAUGAAGCGUACUGUGCAGUAUUUUGGGUUUUUUUAUUUGUACAUAACUAGCAAAUCCAAUGGAGGAACUUCCUCAUGCUCUACCUUUCUGAAGCCAAAAAAACCUACAGAUCUCCAUCUAGACAUUCAGAGGUCACAUACAUUUAAAGCUGAAGUCUUUGACCUAUGUUACAAGCUUUUAUCACUGCCCCUCACCUUCCUCACCCCUCACUUAUCUUUAUUACCCAGCUCCAGGAAGGACUGGAACUACUUUCUGUCCCAAGUUGCUUAAAAAGGGUGAAGAGAGAGUGGUUUCCCCUUUGGCCCUCAUGGAGGCCCAAGAUGAGAGUAAGUGACUGCAUUGUUCUGCCACUAAAUUUGAAUGUUGCCCCUCUUCCUCACUAAUUGCUUCUCGGGUGGCUACUGAUCUACUCGUCUGGUCUUCUGAGCCCCUAGAAGACCGUGUGUGUCAGUAUUGCACUGACAGCCAAAGCAUCUACUGACAAUCAGUCAACUGCUUUCAUCUGAGCUGUGAAAUGCUAGCAGAGAAGCCAUAGGUACAAGCUAACUUCGUAUCAAACGCAGGAGGCUUGCCUUUUUUAAACAAGAAUUCAGUGGAGAAGACUUGCCCUGAAACAAUAGCUCAACUCCACUAAGAAGCCCUGGUUCAGUCCCGUUCAUCUGAUUAGCUGACUACUGUUUUGCUUUGUGGUGUGUUUUGUUUCCACGUGGGUUUCCAACUUGAGGGAAGAUCCAGCAGAGGUGCAGCUUGAAAUCUGGGCUCCAUGACUAGUGUGGGUGGGAAGGACCAAGGAGAGAAGCAAGUGCUUGCCUCCCCGCUCGGGAGCUGCAGCAAUUUUGGUGGCACCGCAAUGCAAGUUCCUCAAACAAGGGCUCCCGAAUUGGCGCAGGCUCCCUGGGGGCUCUUGUUCUGGUGCCCCCUCUGAAUUGGUGCCCUUCUCUCCCACUAACAAGUUAUGUCACUGAAGAUCCAGUCAUUCCCAGAGUUGUAGGGAAACCCUUCUUUGAAGCACCUAGCCAGCUAGUUCAUCAUAAAAGAUAACCCAAAUCCUCUCAUUUCAAACAGAAUGACCAGCCCAGCAAGACUCCAAAACAAUCUGCAUUGGUGUCUUCUGGGCUCAGUCGGCAGACUUUACAGGGAGUCUGCAAAUAUUUAAGCAUAAGUUUUGGAAGUGUUUAUAGUCUGUACACACAACAGACAA